GGCAGCAGCAGCAGCAGCAGCAGUGUGGCGGCGCCGUGUGGUGUAGGCCGCCCUGCCAUAAUAUUCCCAUCCAUUACCUCUACACCCAACAAUUGAGCUCCGAGCCACGCCUCCUAUGCCGCCAUGCCCCCUAAGAACGCCCAGAAGGGAGGCGCCGCCCAAUCUAAGAAGGCUGACCAGAAGAAGAAGGACAAGAUCAUAGAGGACAAGACAUUUGGGCUGAAGAACAAGAAGGGCGCCAAGCAGCAGAAGUUUAUCCAGCAGGUGCAGCAUCAGGUGAAGUAUGGCGGGAACAAGAGCACUCGGGAGCAGGAGAAGGAGACGAAAGGAGUCAAGAAAGACGAGCUGAAGAAGAACCUGGCUGAGAUCAAUGCUAUCUUCAAGCCAGUACAGCAGACCGCCAGCAAGGGCAGUGACCCCAAGUCGAUCCUGUGUGCGUUCUUCAAGCAAGGCCAGUGUGGGAAGGGAGCCAAGUGCAAAUUUUCUCAUGACCUUAAUAUUGAACGCAAGGCAGAGAAGCGGAGUGCCUACGUGGACAUGCGGGACAAUGGUGAUGAAACAAGUGCCGACUGGGAUGAGGCAACCCUGCAGGAGGUGGUGGAGAAGAAGCAUGAGGAAAAAUCGCAUCCCAGUACUGAUAUUGUCUGCAGGUACUUCCUGGAUGCUGUGGAGAACGGGAAGUACGGCUGGUUCUGGGACUGUCCAAACGGCUCAGGCUGCAUCUACCGCCAUGCUCUGCCACCUGGGUUUAUCCUGAAGAAGGAUCGCAAGAAGAUGGAGAAGCAGAAGGAGGAUGUGAGCCUGGAGGACCUGGUGGAGAGGGAGAGAGCUGCCCUUGGAAUCAACACCACUCGCGUCACUCUGGAGACCUUCUUGGCGUGGAAGAAGCGGAAACUCAAGGAGAAGCAGGACAAGCUGAAGAAGGAAUCCGAGAAGAAGAAGAAGGAUUACCACGCAGGGAAGGGCUUUGGGCUGUCUGGCCGAGAGAUGUUCACCUUCAACCCCAGCCUGGCGUCGGGCGAGGAUGACCUGGAGGAGGGUGAUGAGUCUCUGGAUGUGCGGAACCUUGGCAAAGAUCCCGAACAGGAGGAGGAGCUGCAGUUUGACUUCAAGGAGAUCGACAUGGCCAAGCUGAUGGAAGACUAUGUGGAAGUGGACACCUCCAAUGUGACCAUAGCCAACGCAGACCGCCUGCAGCAACUCAAGGACGACCUCGACCUUCAGUCAGCCAAGGCUACUGCCGCCGCCGCUGCUGCUGCCGCUGCUGAUGACAAGGAGGAUGGGACGGAGGAGGCGCAGGACGACGCGGAAGGAGCGACGGCGGUGGACAUUGAUGAGGCGCUGUUUGAUGGGGAUGAUGAAGACCUGGAUGAGUUGGAGGAGGAGCUGGAAGACUUGACGGUGGCGUAGAACAGCAGCAGCAGCGACAGCAGUGUCUUGGCCAGCCUCUCUGCCUUGCAGCGGCUGCCACCCUGCUGUGAGUCGCCUGCUGUGCCAGCUUCCAGUUUGCUCUGUGUGUGUUGCCUCCCGCUGCAGUCAUGGCCAGUCUGUGCCUGCACCACACCCUCCAUGUGGGAGGUUGACUGGAGGCACAGCCUUGUCACUCAGCGUACAGGAAGCAACACACACAGGCAAGGGAGCGGCACAGACAGGAGCCUUCUGCUGUUGUCUGCUGCGUUCCCGUGGUGCCGGGCCCACCCUGCACCCUUCCUGCGGGUGACUGCCAGCUGGGGAGGUAACUGCCACACCACUAAUUACCAAGUCAUCAGUCCAGUUAUCAUUAACUCUGUGUAAUAGUUCCCAGAAUUCACAGACAAAAGUAGUUCCCAUCCCAGGGAUGUCAGGCUGUGGCCUGAGGAAACUGUGCCUGCUGCAAGACACAAAGGGCUGCUGCUGCUGCUGCACUCCAGCGACACCACAAACAGGAGCAGCAGCUCAUGAAACACUGCAACCUUGCAGCAGCAGCAGCAGCAGCAGCAGCAGUGGUAGCGGUGGUGCUGAUGAAGUGAGGGAAUUCUGUACGCCUGUCACUGGCUGGUCUGCAACAGAAUGAGCUGAAGUGUGCACUGCUGCCUCCAUUCACUCUGCAGUGAGGGAGGCAACUCUUGCUGCCACGAUCACAGCAUGGCACUGCAGACACUGCAGCCUUCCAGUGGUCACUGUACAUAUGCACUGUGGGUGUCAGUCUGGGCCAGACUCUGAGACACUGGGAUGGGUUGAUGCAGCAGCAGCAGCAGCAGCAGCUUGUCUGAUUCUCUCUCUCUUUUCACUGCCACGUUUCUUGGAAUGAAGCAUUGCAGAAGUAAACUAACAAACAAACACAUGCUCUGUGUUGGCAGGUGUGUGUGUGUGUGUGUGUACAUUGUGCACAUUGUGUCUGUCCCAGCACUGCAGGCUCGGGUGCAGGGUGCGGGGUGGGACGGGGGGGUGCUUGUCUUGCUUGUGUGGUUUGGUGUCUUGUUCAGGUACUUUGUUAUGGGACAACUCACAAAACAAACUUAUAGUCCAGGUUUCUUCAGCUACUUAGUAAGAAUUAUGUUGUUGGUUAUCUCGGGGAGUUUUAUGGCAGAGUAAAACAAGUUGACCUCAUUAUGGAGGAAUUGAGUUGCUAGCCACUUUGACAAUUUGAACUGAAAACACUUGCAUUUGUUUCAUUAGGCAAAGAAACUUGUGAUAUGCUUACACUUGUGAUAUUGUACUGGGAAGAACUGUGGGUGCAGCAGCAGCAGACAUCUGGCUGGUGGUGGUGGUGGUGGUGGUGGUGGUGCACACUGAGUCAGCAGUGUGACACACCCUCCACCACCACCAGCUACCCACCCACCUGCCUGCCUGCCAUUGUCCCUCCCUCAGUGUGGAAGCAAAACAUGUGGUACUGGUAUUUUAUUGAAAUCACUUGAGUUAGGAAAUACAUAUAUUUUAACUGAGACGGAUUUUACUCGAAUAAGUCAAACUUGUGACCUGUUAUUCCUUGCCUGUGAUUUUAAGGUAAUCGAUUGACCAUGUUUGACAUUCAGCUUUGUCAGUUUCCACAAGUGACGUGAAAGACAGACAGUCUCCCUCAGUGAGCAGUGUGUGUGUUGUAUCGAGACACCGAUGUGUUGGCCAGGCACGGGAGGUGAACAGGAGCACUUGGGGAGUGGAAAGCAACCACCCACUUAGGACAGCAAGACAAGAUGACAUUUCAGGGUGAGCUUGUCAUGCCGGCCACCUCCAUGCAGCAUGCAGGGUGUCGGUGGUGAGAGCAGCAGCUGGUGUGAAGGCUGAGCAGUGCAGCACAGCCACUGGCCAGAGAGUGCCUGCCAUGGCAGUGCUGCCUCAUGCUGGAUUUUUGCUUGAAUCAAGCUUUGAAUACCUUCCCUUUGCUUGUUCUCUUUCCUCAUACUAGCCGUAACACACCUUUAGAACAACAGCGGAGUGUUUGGGGCGUGUGUGGGAGACCGCUGUUUAUGAAUUGUUAUAAAUUCUACAGCCACAAGUGUCAGUGGCCAGCUGGGCGGUGGUGGCGGCGGCGGUACACACCCAGCUGCCACAAUCACACGAGUCACUCAGCGCUGACAGCCGAGUGACUCGCAUUGGAAAUCCUUACCAUGUUUUGAGAAAUACAAGCAUCAUUAUCAA